AUGGCGUCCGUGGUCGGGCAAAACCUCCCUUCCCACGACCACUCUGCGCGCGACGUGGGGCUGGAGUGCGACGGCAGCCACGUUAGCAGCAAGAAGGGCUCCUGGAAGGGCCACGUGCUGCCAGGCGUCACAUUCAUCGUCUGGGGCGCCUGGUGGGCCUAUAGCUGCAUCACUUUUUACCUGUGGCGGAGCGCACGGCGCCCUUACCGGGGGCGGGCGUGGUACCCCUGUGGUCUCUUCGCGGGCUGGUUGUGGUUCCUAGAGCCGGUGCUCAAGGUCGCGGUGCCGGCGGUGGCAGUCACAAUGGAGCUGCUGGUGGAUCACGAUCCAAUGGCAUACAGGUAUCUGUACUGCCCCGAGGGCACCAAGUACGCCGGCCGCUUUGCGCUGUCCCACCUCAACAACUGGCAGCACGCCGCCUCCUACCCCGCCAUUGUGAUGUCGGGCCUGGUGGACAUGGCCGCACGCUUUGUGCCGCUGCCGGCCGGCACCUGCCAGGCUUUGCUGGGCUCUGCAUUUGGCGUGAUGGCCUUCCUGAUGGGCACACACGAGAAGCACGAGCCGCAGGACAAGAUAGUGCACUGGCUGCUGUUUGUGGCCAUGGCUCUGUGCACGGUGAUGGUGUUCCUGGAGAUGACGGUGCGGCGCAGCGUGCUGGUGGGGAUGGGCAAGGCGGCGGCGCUGAUCUUCCAGGGCGCCUGGCUCAUCCAGAUCGCGGCGGUGGAGUUUGAGGGCCGCCCCCAGUGGAGCGAGGCGUACGGCGGCGGCACCAUGUUUGCCCCCGCCGCCUUCUCCUUCAUCCUGGUCCUCACCCUGGCCUGCAUGCUGGCCUUCUAUGCACUGCUGGCGCUGCUCAGCCGGCGCAGCCUGCUGCCGCGCUCGUCCCUGCUGCCGCCGCUGGAGAGCGAGGAGUGGCAGGAGGAGAAGGAGCAGGAGCGCGGCGGUCUGCUGCCCCGCCACCACCACCACCACCACCACCGCUACGACUCGGCCAACGCUUCUGACGACAACGAGACCACCGAGGGCGAGCAGCUGCUAGCGUUGACCAGCUCGCGCAAGCCUCGCGGCGACGGCGCGGGCGACGGCGUGGUUUCCCUCCAGCUGGCCGCCACAGGCGCCGACACUGCCUACGUCUGA